AAGAAGAAGACAGCAGCACCAGCAGCACUAGCACUAGCCGCAGAGAGCCGGUCCAUAGUUCUCUUAAGAUUUUCACAUUCAGUUACCAAAACGUCGUACGCAAUGAGAGGGGACCGCGGCAGGGGCCGGGGAGGCCGCUUCGGGUCCCGUGGAGGACUGGUCCAGGGGUACCGCCCAUUUGUCCCACACAUCCCAUUUGAUUUUUAUGUGUGUGAGAUGGCCUUCCCCAGAGUGAAGCCUGCACCUGAUGAGACGGCUUUCAGUGAGUGUCUGCUGAAGAGAAACCAGGACCUGAGCCCCACACCUGCAGAGCAAUCCUCCAUCCUGUCGCUGGUUACAAAGAUCAACAAUGUCAUCGACAACCUGAUUGUCGCCCCUGGCAACUUUGAAGUGCAAAUUGAAGAGGUGCGACAGGUCGGCUCAUACAAGAAGGGCACCAUGACGACGGGACACAACGUGGCUGACCUGGUUGUGAUCCUCAAAAUCCUCCCUACAUUGGAGGCAGUUGCUGCUCUUGGCAACAAAGUAGUGGAGACCCUGCGCACACAGGACCCCACUGAAGUGCUGUCCAUGCUGACCAACGAGACCGGCUUUGAGAUCAGUUCAGCUGAUGCUACAGUCAAGAUCCUCAUCACCACCGUCCCUCCCAACUUGCGCAAGCUGGACCCUGAGCUGCACUUGGACAUCAAGGUGCUGCAGAGUGCUCUUGCUGCCAUCCGCCACGCCCGCUGGUUUGAGGAGAACGCCUCUCAGUCAACGGUCAAAGUGCUGAUUCGCCUGCUGAAGGAUCUGAGGCUACGCUUCCCUGGUUUCGAACCCCUGACUCCAUGGAUCCUCGACCUGCUGGGCCACUCUGCGGUGAUGAACAACCCGUCCAGGCAGCCCCUGUCCCUCAACGUGGCCUACAGACGCUGCCUGCAGAUGCUGGCUGCUGGUCUCUUUCUGCCCGGCUCCGUGGGCAUCACUGACCCCUGUGAGAGUGGAAACUUCAGAGUGCACACAGUGAUGACUCUGGAACAGCAGGACAUGGUGUGUUUUACAGCUCAGACUCUGGUGAGGGUGCUCUCUCAUGGAGGAUACAGGAAGGUCCUUGGCCUCGAGGGAGACGCCAGCUACCUGGCAACAGAGAUGUCAACAUGGGACGGUGUGAUUGUCACGCCGUCAGAGAAGGCCUAUGAGAAACCUCCAGAGAGGAAGGAGGAGGAAGAUGAAGCUUUGGAGGAGGGAGGAGACGGAGAGGAUGAGAGCAUGGAGACCCAGGACUGAGGAGGAGUUGCCGAACUUAGCAACGAGCCUUCUGAAGAAGUCCUUUGAGCUGGGCCACGGUGUCUAUCUUGGAUGUUACCCGGACAGAAACUGCAGCAGGAAAAAAAGUUCCUGACUCAUCAUUUGUCACUUUUUAUUGUGUUUUUACUUCCUUGUUUUAACAUCCUGAAUUAAACUUGUGUUGUGCUUUUUUUUUUUAACUUUAA